AUGGAACUCGUCUCUCAGUUUACCGAAGAUGCUGUUGCCAAGGAGGACCGUGUCUGUGGUCGACCUGCUUGCCGCAGCACAAUACUCAAAGGCGCUCCAUGCUAUUAUGUUGCCACCAUUGUGCCUGGCCAACCUGGUCGCUUCGUUUGUGAAGCAUGUUACUUGCGAUACUCACAGAAGCUUUCAACUUCGGUCCGACCCUCUUCAGUCCGCCCUUCUUCCGCACAAUCACAGUUACUUCCAAAUCCUCAUAUCAUACGCCAGACCGUGAAUGCAGCACAACGCAAGUCAACUAUCAAUCCACCCCGUGUAGUACCCUUCUUGUCUCAGCCCUCCAGUAGCACUGCGCACAUAGGCCGCAUUUCAGGCCCAGAUAUCGCUGUGCCUCUAUCAUGGCAACAAUCGCCGGCUAGUUCCAACCCGAACAUGGUAUCUGGUGCUGCAGGGUAUUCUGUGCACCAUGCUCAGUAUGGUCUGGAGCGUGAACGAUGGGCUAAAUUGGCAUAUGCUCCGCCCCCUGCAGAGACCAUCACAUUAGAGAUAUCAGCUGUAUACGAGGGAAAUUCACGGAAGAAAAGUGGGCGCGGCAUUAACUUUGGGAAUAUUUGUGAAGGAAAGAAGGACAUCGAUGCUCGCUUGGACGCCCCUGGGCUUAUACAAAUCGCUUUAGAUACUAUUCUACCGAAAAUCCUCACAUUUGGAAGGGGAUUUCCUUGGCGCACAGAAGAAUUUGUUGUCCGGGAUGCUACCUGGGUUGACCUAUCCGGACAUUUGCCUGCCAUUCCGUACUUCUUAGCUCAGUGCUUAGUCCAAUCUCGACGCGGACCAAAGACGACAACUUUCAAGACCAAGCAAUUCUUACUCAUGGUUGUUGUGCCUGCAGCGCAGUGGAGUGAGUAUGAGGCAUGGCUGGAUAAAACUGAAGAAGAAAUUUCUCAGAAUAUCUUGCGUGAACAGCUCCAACGACACAGAUCUAUCAUUACUGUUACUGAAGAACGAGACCCUCGAACUUCCGGCACCAACUCAGAUGACCCAUGGGCCGCACAACAAGAGGAUGAAGACCCAUUUGGUCUUGACUUCGAAGGACCAGAUGCCUUAUCUACUGUGGGACGUAAUUCCACUGUUACUGACAGCUCAGCACAUAAUCCGACACGUCCAUCAGCAAAGCGGGCUCAUGUUCGCAGAGAGAGCGACUCCACAAAUAGUACUGUGUCACCUCCUCGCAAGAAGCCAGCACCUGGUGUAUUCCACCUUCCUGACCGUAAUGAUUUGAAAGAGGCCUUGAAAAGUGGAGGUAGUGUAGAUGCUGUGCGUGCACCUAAAGUUUAUGACUUCCGCAAUGAGGACAUUCAAUUCCAUCCAAUCCCUGUGCGCCCACUAGCCGAUAUCUUGAAGACUCCUCAGUAUCGUUCAUUCAAACCCAACAUCUCAAAUUCGUCUAUCGGACAACUCACUAUCGAUGUCCCCAUUCGCAGCAUGAUCGGUAUCGGUGCCUUUAAGACAGCUCAUCCAGGGUGGCUCACGCUAUCUCCCCUAUCCUCCAGUGGCCUUGGGUCGCGUGCUCAGCAGGAUGUUGUUGUCAAGCGGCCAUUUCACAGACCUCCCCCUCACACCCCUGGAUCCAGCAUCCUCAAGAUUUCACGUUACGCACUACCAGAUGAGCAUGAAAAACUCCUCAAUGAAUGUAACUUGUUGUACUGGGCAAAAUCUCUCCUUGACUUCACUUACGAAUACAUCGAUCACUGUAUCAAUGCCGCACCAACUCUGCCAUCUUUUCCAAUACCCCGUGUGCGUUUCGUGGAAGCGGGCAUUGCUUUGGCGUUUUCUCGACACUCGUCAAACACUCAGGGCACCUCCGAACAAGCUCCCAUGGCAGACAUUAAGGCGGGGAUGUUUUCGGCGGUUUAUCUCCUUGAGGAGCGGGUGACGUCUGGUACUCCUAAUGAUCAGACAUUCGUGAAGUUCAUCCACAACAAGGACUACGGACCUUCACUUGAUGAGGAUGAAUACGGCUAUGACCUAGCCGUCUUUCUCUCGUUUACUCAGCACAUCCAGUAUGAAAAGACAGAGGGUCUGGCGUUCAUUUCUGAUUAUCAAGGCAGCACCGAGCUUCUGACUGAUCCUCAGAUUUUGACCCACCGCUCAGUCAAUGAAGGAAUUGAUCUUUUCGGUGACGGGAACAUUGCAAGUGUGGUGGACGACUUUAAGGCAAGGCACCUCUGUAACCACUAUUGCAAGUGGCCAGGAUUUGAGUUGGAAGUAUAUGCUUAG